CAUCACAUUUUUCUUCUUUUCUAUCACACCUUUUUUUCUCUCUUCCCUACUAAGUUCUUUUACCACUCUUUUAAGGCUUCUUCACUCGCUUCUUUCUCUUUUCAAAACCCCUCUUAUUUCCUCUUUCAGAACACUACUGUACUUUGUUGUGAUCAUGGAGAAGAGCUAUUAACGUUGUUUUUGGACAGUACUUCGGAGCUUCCUUAACUUGUUUGUUAAUUGGUUUCAGGUUUGGGUUUUGAAAUUCACUCACAACAAAAGGAAAAUAGAAAAAGAAAAAGAAAAAUGAUUGGAAACUUCAUCGACGACAUUGACUGCGGCAGCUUCUUCGACCACAUCGACGACCUCCUCGAAUUCCCCGACGACAACGCCGCGCCGGUCGCUCCUCCGGCGAACUUCUGGUCCGCCGAGUCCGACUCGCUCCCCGCCUCCUACACGGUGUUUUCCGACAACUCCGUGACGGACCUCUCGGCGGAGCUCUCUGUUUCGUAUGACGACAUAGUGCAAUUAGAAUGGCUGUCCAAUUUUGUCGAGGACUCUUUCUCUGGUGGGAGCAUCACCAUGAAGAAAGAGGAGGAGCCACAAUGCACCACCACCACCAAAGAGGACAUAGCUCAUGCCCAAUUUCAGACAGCAAGCCCGGUCUCAGUCCUUGAAAGCAGCAGUUUCUGCUCCGGCGAGAAGGCUGCAUCUCGCGGCCCGGAGAUUUACAUCCCCGUGCCAUGUGGGCGUGUGCGCAGCAAGCGCCCACGCCCUGCAACCUUCAACCCCCAUCCAGUGAUGCAGCUAAUCUCCCCUGCAUCCUCCACUGGCGAGAACGUGCAGCACAACGCCACCACCACUUCCAAGGCGGCCUCAUCAGAUUCCGAGAAUUUUGCCGAGUCAGUGAUCAAGGGGCCAAAGCAGGCCUCUGGGGAGCACAAGAACAAAAGGAAGAUCAAGGUGACUUUCUCAUCAGGUCAAGAGCAGCAGAAUGCACCAUCACAGGCAGUUAGGAAAUGCUUGCACUGUGAGAUAACCAAGACACCACAGUGGAGGGCAGGGCCAAUGGGGCCGAAAACACUCUGCAAUGCUUGUGGCGUGCGCUACAAGUCAGGCCGGCUUUUCCCCGAAUACCGCCCUGCAGCAAGCCCAACAUUUUGCGCGGCCGUGCACUCCAACUCCCACAAGAAGGUUAUUGAAAUGAGAAACAAGACAGGCACCAAAUCUGGCUUUGCAACUGAUUCUGCUGCCUCACCAGAACUCAUUCCAAACACUAACAACAGCCUUACCCUUGAAUACAUGUGAGGGGGGGCAAGGGAAGAAGGAUCUUAGUUGAGAGAGUUCUCUAAUUCUCUUUCAAUUCCUCUCUUGAGUCAUGUCUUAUUCAAGGUUUUGAAUUGCAUUCUACAAAACUGCAAUGUUAAAGGUUUUUGAGGUGUCUGCAACUGCGUCGUGGUUGCGGUUGUGACUGCAUCAGCCAUAUUUGUGUCCACAAUUUUGAUGCCAACCGCAAGUUAAAAAACCUUAGUCUUGGUGUUUUUUUUUAUUUGUCAUUUAUUUUUCUCAUUGGAUUUUUGUACAGGGCUGGAAUGGGGGGAUAUGAGCAAAAUACAACAUGAUCAUAUUGUAGCUAUAUUUAGAACCGAAGAACAAGGGAUAGAGAUAUGCAAGUCAAAGACGGUAGAGUCACUAGGGUGUUAGCCAUUUUAGGUCUAGGAAUUGUAGCAGUACUCAGGAGGAGUUUUGUUACUUAUUCUCAUCAUUUUUCAUUUUUUCUUCUUUAAUUUCUGUUUCAAAAUAUUCCUCCCUGUAGCAAAUUCUUUUUGCAGUUCAUUUGUAGCAAAACUUAUGAGUUGAGUCAGGAAAGGAACUUUUGGAAUUUGCCUUCUUUCCUUUAA